CCAACACCAGCGCCCAACGCCCAACGCCCUUCUUCCCCUCCUCUCAGCUUUUAAAAGCGCUCGUCUUAUUCUUAUUCUUCUCCUUCUUCGUCAACACCAACACCAACACCAACAGCAACACCACAACACAAACAGCAGCAACUUCUAGAGAGAGAAGCUGAAGACUAUUAGAGAGAGAAAGUCAGGUCACGGACUUGCACAGUGUAUUGACAUGGCCGACGCCCCUCCCAGCAGUGGCGAUUUCCCGGCGGUUCCGUCGCACGGCGGCCAGUACAUUCAGUACAACAUCUUCGGCAACCUCUUCGAGAUCACCAACAAAUACCGGCCUCCGAUCAUGCCGAUCGGUCGCGGCGCGUACGGCAUCGUUUGCUCGGUUUUGAACUCGGAGACGAAGGAGAUGGUGGCGAUGAAGAAAAUCGCCAACGCCUUUGACAAUCACAUGGACGCCAAGCGGACGCUCCGUGAGAUUAAGCUGCUUCGUCAUUUGGAUCAUGAAAAUGUCGUAGCUAUCAGGGAUGUGAUUCCUCCGCCUUUGAGGAGAGAAUUUUCGGAUGUAUACAUUGCCACGGAACUCAUGGAUACUGACCUCCAUCAAAUUAUUCGCUCGAAUCAAGGUUUAUCUGAGGAGCAUUGUCAGUACUUCUUGUAUCAGAUUCUUCGAGGACUGAAAUAUAUACAUUCGGCAAAUGUUAUUCAUAGAGACAUGAAGCCCAGCAACCUCUUGUUGAAUGCCAAUUGCGAUCUUAAGAUAUGUGAUUUUGGCCUCGCUCGUCCCACUGCAGAGAAUGAGUUAUUGACAGAGUAUGUUGUUACCAGAUGGUACAGGGCACCUGAGCUUCUGUUGAACUCUUCAGAUUACACUGCUGCAAUAGAUGUGUGGUCGGUAGGCUGCAUCUUUAUGGAGCUUAUGAAUAGGAAGCCUUUGUUUCCAGGCAAAGAUCAUGUGCAUCAGAUGCGCCUAUUGACAGAGCUUCUUGGGACACCAACUGAGUCUGAUCUUGGGUUUGUACGGAAUGAGGAUGCUAGAAGAUAUAUACGGCAGCUCCCCCCGCAUCCUCGUCAGCCAUUGGCGAGGCUUUUCCCACACGUUAAUCCGCUGGCCAUUGAUCUCAUUGAUAGAAUGUUGACAUUUGAUCCUACUAAAAGGAUAACUGUUGAAGAAGCAUUGGCUCAUCCUUACCUGGAAAGACUACAUGACGUAGCUGAUGAACCAAUCUGCAAUGAGCCUUUCUCCUUUGAUUUUGAGCAACAACCCUUGGGAGAAGAGCAAAUGAAAGAUAUGAUUUACAGAGAGGCUAUAGCACUCAACCCAGAGUAUGCUUGAUUUGAAAAGCAGCAUUAGUACUCGGUUUCUAUACCUAUGAAAUAGAAAGAUUUGCAUUUUCAGUGCUCUUUGAUAAAAAGGUUAGGAAAGAUUAUUGUUACCAAAAUAUUGCAAUCAUCAGUGAGCACAAGGAUCGUCCUAUUUCAUCUACAUCAUUACUUAGGUGGGUUUGCUGAUUUUUUCCAUGAUGACCGCCCAUCAAUUUUACUAGACCUCUAUAUUAAUUUUUGAGGUCAGUUCCGCUUUUUUCUUUUUUGGUGAUCGAACUUGUAUUCUAUUUAUCUUGUUUGUAUCUUAAUUUUUUUGUUUUUGGUUUUUUGUUUUGGCUGUACCAAACUUGUACCAUGUAUAGCAAGAUUGUAUUGAGGAACCUAACUGAGAUUCAAUAAAUAUCUUUAUUCACUCCUUGUGAGACUAA